CCCAUCCAUCCUCCCUCCUGCUAAUGGCAUCCAGACCGGCAUCCCCUCCACGUCCAGCGCGCAGAAGCUCCUCGCGGCCCUCACCGUCGUUGCGGGUGGAGACGUCGCGGGCUACGCGCGCGACAAUUUCAAGACAUGGGACACCAUCAACGGGACGUGCAACACGCGGUACGCUCCCCCUAUCCUCUCAGUCAUCGGCUGUCAAACUGGUAGGUAGACGAUAUUGAUAAUAGGGGUAGUGAAUACGUACUCAAACGCGACGGCAAGAAUGUCGUCGUCGACGGAGCAUGCGAGGCGACCUCAGGUACAUGGGUAAGCCCGUACGACGGGAAGACGUGGACGAGCAGGAGCGAUUUGCAGAUUGACCAUAUGGUUCCGCUGAAGAACGCGUGGAAUAAUGGUGCGUCGGAUUGGACGGCCAGCCAGCGCGAGGCGUAUGCGAAUGAUAUCAUGCAGCCGCUGCUGUGGGCGGUGACGAGUAGUGUGAAUGAGAGUAAAGGGGAUAGAGGGCCGGAUGAGUGGAAGCCGCCCAGCGAGGGCUUUUACUGCACGUAUGCGGAGGCGUGGGUGGAGGUCAAGAGCCAUUAUAAGUUGACGGUGACGGCGGACGAGAAGAGCGCGUUGAGUGAUAUGCUAGGGACUUGUUAGGGAUUAUAUCAAAUUGAUGUAGAUGUCCAAGG